AUGACGACCACUGCUGAAAAAAGAUCUUCUGAGAUUUCACUUCAGAUUGCCUGUGAAGAUCACCCUGGAUAUUAUAGCCACAUCUGUGGUGGAACCCUUAUCACCAAUAACUGGGUCAUGACUGCAGCCCAUUGCCUCAGCAUGCAGUUAGGAGCAAAAUACCGAGCGGCUCUGGGUGAACACAAUCUCUUGGAGGUGGAUGGCACUGAGUAUUAUAUUGAUGUGGAGAGGGUCUUCAUUCACAAUGACUGGAAUCCCUGGGAUGUUGGAAAUGGCAAUGACAUUGCCUUGCUGAGCCUUUCUUCUCCUGCCUAUGACAAUGGGUUUGUUGAAAUAGGAUUGCUUCCACCUGAAGGAGACAUUUUGCCUAGUAACUAUCCCUGUUAUAUUACUGGAUGGGGGCUGAAUAGUGUUGAUGGCAAUGCCCCUGCCAGACUUCAAGAAGUGAUGCUGCCGGUAGUCGACCAUGCAAUCUGUUCCCAGGCAGACUGGUGGGGAACUGAGGCAAAAGUUACUAUGAUCUGUGCAGGCGGGGAUGGCGUGGCAGCUGGAUGCAGUAGAGAUUCUGGAGGCCCUCUGAGCUGUUACAAAGAUGAUCGCUGGCAAGUCCAUGGGAUUGUCAGUUUUGGGAUCGCUCCUUACUGUAACACCUAUAGGAAGCCUACAGUCUUCACACGUGUGUCGGCUUAUACAGACUGUAUCUACAGUGCUGCAAACUGGGAAAUGCAAGUUGAAGUCGUACUGUCAUUCCGGCUUGUUUGUGGGGUGUCCUUCUGUCCAGCAGCAGCUGCUGGAUCAAGCCUGUUGAGAAUCCCUGAUGAGGGAGAGCCGCUUGCUGAUCUAAAGCUGCUGGAGCCAGCUGCAUGCCACUGGCAUCUGGCUUCCCCUGACCUGCAGGGCAAAAUGAUUUUCUAUGAGAGUGCCACGAGCAUGAAGGAACGAUUCCCCAUGCCAAACCUCCUGCGGCUGCACAACGGCCACUGUUCUCCAAGCGGUAACCCUGGCCAGUGGGUGCUUGAAACCUAUUAUCACAAGCUGCUCUGCAAGCUGGGCUAG